CCAGUAUAAGUCACUAAGAUGAUAAAUUUCACUUUGUAGCUUUAGCUUCAUCCUACAAAUAUUUUCAUUUUGUACUUCCAUUAUCAUUCAGUUUAAAAUAUUUUCUAAUUUCUGACUUCUUCCUUGACCUGUGGAUAAUUAGAAGUGUGUUUGAUUUUCAAAUAUUUGGGAACAAAUAAGGAAUAACAUAUUCUGGAUUAUUUUAUUACUUUCUAAUUUAAUUCCAUUGUGGUCUAAAAAAGUACUCUCUGAUUUCAGCAUUUUUGAAUUUGUUAAGAUUAAUUUUAUGGUGCAGUGUAUGGUUUAUCUUGUUAAAUAUAUCAUGUGGGCUUAGUGUUCUAUAAAUAGCAAUUAGGUCAAGGUCAUUGAUAGCAUAGUUUAAAUUUAUGCCUUAACUGAUUUUUGCCAAGUUAUUCUAUCAAUUGCUGAGAAAGGAAUGUUAAAAUUUUUAACCAUCAAUAUGGAAUUGUUUAUUUCUCGCUUUAAUUCUGUCUCAAAUUUUGCCUCAUAUAUUUUGAAAUCCUUUAUUAGGAUUUAUGAUUUUUAUGAAUUUGCCAUUAUUUAUUUUUUUAAGCUUAUUUAUUUUGCGGGAGAAAGAGUGAGAGAGAAUGCACAUGCCAGCAGGGAGGGGCAGAGAGAGAGGAAGAAGAGAAUCCGAGCAGGUUCUGACAGCAGGGAGACUGAUGCAGGGCUCAGUCUCAUGAACUAUGGUAUCAUGACCGGAGCCGAAGCCAAGAGGACACUCAACUGACUGAGUCACCCAGCCCUUCCCCUCACUCUCUCCUGACCUCAGAACUGCUGGAUCCUUUGGAGCUCCCUCAACAACCCACCCCCACUUCUGGCUGAGCCACCAACUUCAGACCAUCGAGCCUCGUCUUGCCCAGGCAUUUUCUCCCAUCACAGGUUUACUCAAAGCAUUACUUGAAGAAUCUUCAAGGUGCCACAUUGUAACAAUGAUUCAGCUGACAGCUACCCCUGCAAGCACGCUGACUGAUGAGCCAGUGCACAUCCGAGCUACAGGCCUGCGUCCCUCUCAGAUAGUGAUUUUUCAGGCAACACUGGAAGAUGAAAAGGGGAACCUGUUUCAUUCUCAAGCCUACUAUAAGGCCAGUGAGGUUGGUGAGGUAGACCUGGAUCAUGCUCCUUCACUUGGAGGUGACUAUAUAGGAGUCCACCCCAUGGGUCUCUUCUGGUCCCUGAAACCUGAAAAAUUUUUAACUAAAUUGAUGAAAAGAGAUGUGAUGACUAGCCCCUUCCUGGUCCAGAUAAAACUUUAUGAUUCAAAUUUACCAUUAGCCCAGAUUGCUGCCACUGAUCCAAAAGUCAGCGUGACUUUGGAGAGGUGGUACAGAGCACCUGGUGUCACACGGAUCCAAGUUCAAGAAGGCCACCUUCGGGGAGCCCUCUUUCUCCCUCCUGGAGAGGGCCGUUUCCCAGGGGUAAUUGACUUGUUUGCUGAUAUUGGUGGGCUGAUUGAAUACCGAGCCAGUCUCCUGGCCAGUCAUGGCUUUGCUGCGUUGGCCUUGGCCUACUGUGACUAUGAAGAUCUGCCUUUACACCCAGAAAAAAUAGAGUUAGAAUAUUUUGAAGAAGCUGUCAACUUUCUCCUGAGACAUCCGAAGGUCCUUGGCCCAGGCGUUGGGAUAGUUUCCAUAAGCAAAGGAGCAGAGAUUGGACUCUCCAUGGCUAUUCACCUAAAACAGGUCAUAGCCACCGUGCUUAUUAAUGGACCCAACUUUGUAUUUAGCACUCCACAGGUAUAUCGCGGUCAAAUUAGUCAGCCCUUGUCCUUCUCUCCACAGUUAGUAUCUAUCAAUGCCUUAGGGUUAGCACAGUUCCAGUAUUGUUUUGAGGAAGCUAGAAGUAAAGCCAGUGAGACCUUAUUUCUCCCCAUUGAAAAGGCCCAGGGACAUUUCCUCUUCAUUGUGGGAGAAGAUGAUAAGAGUAUCAACAGCAAAGCAUAUGCUGAGCAAGCCACAGAACAGUUGAGGAGAAAUGGGAAGGCCAAUUGGACCCUGCUAUCAUACCCUGGGGCAGGCCACAUGUUAGAGCCUCCCUAUUCCCCACUGUGCUGUGCCUCAAAGCUCUCCAAACUCCACCUGUUCAUGCAGUGGGGAGGAGAGGUGACCCUGCAUGCAGCUGCACAGGAGCAUUCUUGGAAGGAGAUCCAGAAGUUUCUCAGGAAGCAUCUCAUUCCAGUUGUGACCAGUCAACUCUGAGAAGAGAAAAUGUUCCUGAGAAAUAGAGAAGCAAUAUCAGACCUUCACUUGAUUUUCAUGGAACAAUGUCUUUGACCUCUUAUUGCGGGAGGUUAUAAUAAGAGAAAGCAAGAGGAUGGCAAUGGUCAUGUCUUGACUUGGAAAGGGAAAAAUGGUUCCCACUUAAUCCAGCAUCAUACACAGAGGAUUUUCUAUUUCGAAAAAUAAAUUUAGGGCUCUACCUGCCCUAAAAUUUUCCAGUUUAUAAUUAUAAUAGCAAUUCUCUGGAGGAAGAAAGUUACCAAAAUGAACUACAGAAUCCCCUGGUUUAUAAAACAGACGUGUGUAGAAUCAGGUGCUCAUAUUUGCUGAUUUCUUAAAACUCAAAUUAAAUAUGUUUAGAUUUCUCAUUGAAAAUAUGCUCAUGGCUCAUGGUUACAUCAUUGUCACUGAAAAACUAGAGCAUUAUUUUAAGGCAGUAUGGAAGCUGAUACGGAGGUAACAUGAUUGAGUCGGUCUACAAUAAAUUCAACAAACGCUAAUAAAAUGAAAUAAUUUUUGUGUCUAAA